AUGAAGGGCUGGGGGUUCGUCGAGUACGGCGGUCAGGAUGUGUUUGUCCACAUCAACGAUUGCAUUGGCGGUCAGCCAGCUACAGGUGAUGCGUUGACAUUUGACUUGGAGGAGACGAGACCUGGAAAGUACAAGGCGACCAAUGUGAACGGAGGGUCUGCCCCAAGAAUGCAGGAUGCCAUGAUGGGCAAGGUCACACCAGUGAAUGGUACUGGUGCAUACUCAGGCACAGUGAAGUCUUUCAAUGCUACUAAGGGCUUCGGCUUCAUUCAAGUGGAGGGUAUGGACGAUAUCUUCGUCCACCAGAAGGGCUGCGUAGGAACUCUUCCAAACGCUGGCGACAUCGUGAAGUUCGACCUGGAGCCGAGCCCAACAAAGCCUGGGCAGUACCAGGCCAAGAAUUGCACAGGCGGCACAGCGCCAAUGAGCCAGCCUGGCAUGGGUGGAAUGGGAAAAGGCUACGGAGGCAUGGGCAUGGGGAUGGGAGGAAUGGGCGGCAUGGGCGGUAUGGGCGGCAUGGGUAUGAUGAAAGGAAUGAUGGGCCCCUAUGGCAAGGGAAUGAAGGGCAAAGGAGGUGGCUUUGGUGGCUAUGGCGGCAAUGCCGUCAGCCCUGAUGUGGACCGAUCUGUUUGCACAGAGUAUCCUGCAGUUUGCGUUCCAACGCCUUGUGCACUAGGCAAUGUGCCACGGCAGAAGGGCAAGUGCUGGCCGCACUAUGCCUUUGCUGUCAUGUCUCCGCGAGUGGCUCAAGCUGGCCAUCGCGUCUUUCAAGACUUGCCUUCUCGAAGGCACAACAGGACUGCGGCCGGAAGCCGUACUUCAGUGCAAUCCGCUUGCGAUGCAGCCCCGUGGGACAAGACAUCGGAAGGUCCACCCCUUCAUUCAGAGACCAGCUUGGCAUCAGUCUCCACCCAGAGCUCCAACAGCCAAGUGCCACUGGUGCCCAAACGGCGACGGAGUAAGAAGGACACCAAGAAGCCAAGCAGUAUCAUUGUACCAAGCAACUCAUCUGUGAUGCAAGGUUCUCUGCAAUAUUUUCUGAAGCUAUUGAAGUGGAGUGGUCGAUGGUGCUCAGCUGAGACAAAGUCUGCAACGCCCGAAUCAGCCCGAAGCCGCCGGAGCAACAUCAGCCCAUUGCCUAGUCCUGGGCCUUCAGAGACUUCCCCGCAGGCGCUUGAUGAACUGGUGCGCAAGCGUCCGUUUGCAAACCGCUUCAUUCUGUACAGCCUAGAAGUCGAUGCAGAAGUGUCACCAGGGUGUCGGGCAUGGCUGGCCUCCGAUCAGCCUCGAGUUCAGCCUCGGGUUCGUUGA